AUAGACCAAGCACAAAAACAAAACAAGAAAAAACAAAUAGAAGAACACCGCUAAUCUUUCCAACCCCUCAACCUUUCUUCCCCUCCUCCUCCUCCUCCUCCCCCAAACACCCAAAAUUCCCCAGGCCCUAUGCACACCCCUCGCCGGAAAUCGCCCCUCGGCCCGCCGGAGUCCUUCAAACAUGUCCGGAAGAGCGGCAGUCUCCCGAUCUUUGUCGUCGUCCUCUCCAUCUUCCUCUUUGCCGUGGUCAUGUACAGCGGGGACAUUUGGUCCCUCGCCGAAUUUUCCUUCGGCCGGUUCAGAUCAUUAGACGUCCUCCCCCAACUCCUCUCCGACGACCAGCAUGACGGCCGCAACACCGACGCCGUCGCCGAAGACACGGUAAUAACCGUGCCGGAGACAUGCGAUUUAUCCACCGGCGAGUGGGUCUACGACGACGUGACAUACCCACUAUACCAUGAGGAGCAGUGUGAGUUCCUCACCAAGCAGGUCACCUGCAUGCAGAACGGCCGGCGGAACGACACGUACCAGAAGUGGAGGUGGCAGCCUAGGGACUGCUCUCUGCCCAAGUUCGAUGCGAGGCUACUGUUAAAGAGGCUAAGAGGAAAACGUUUGAUGUUUGUGGGGGACUCGUUGAACCGGAACCAGUGGGAAUCCAUGGUUUGCCUGGUCCAGUCCGUGGUCCACAAGGGCAAGAAAAGGCUCAGCAUCGAUGGCCCCCGUAAUAUAUUCUAUGCCAAGGAAUACAAUGCUACGGUGGAGUUCUACUGGGCGCCGUUCCUCGUGGAAUCGAACUCCGACGAUCCGUUGAUCCACAGCAUUCCGGAGAGGAUCGUGAAGGCCGAUUCGAUUGCGAGGCAUGGGGAGCACUGGAAGGGGGUGGACUACCUGGUCUUCAACACCUACAUUUGGUGGAUGAACACGGCCAAGUUUAAAGUCCUGCGGAAGAAGGCUAAAGACUGGACGGAUUACGAAGAGAUCGUGAGGGCAGAUGCAUAUCGACAAGUUCUGAAAACGUGGUCCAAAUGGGUGGAUGAGAACGUGGAUCCCAACCGGACUUCGGUGUACUUCAUGAGCAUGUCUCCUAAUCAUUUUAGGAGUGAGGACUGGGGGAACCCAGAGGGAGUGAAGUGCGCCAAGGAGACGCUGCCGUUGCUGAACUGGACGGGCCGGCCGCUGGAGCUGGGCACGGACCGGGAAAUGCAUGGGGUGGCGGCGAACAUGACUCGGUCGACGGGGCGAGUUGCCGUCACCUUCAUCGACAUCACGGCGCUGUCGCAGUACCGGAAGGAUGCGCACACGUCCGUGUACACGGUGCGGCAGGGCGAGCUGCUGACGCCGGAGCAGAAGGCCGACCCCCGUACCUACGCCGACUGCAUCCACUGGUGCCUCCCUGGGCUCCCGGACACCUGGAACGAGCUCCUCUACGCCCGUCUCCUAGCGGUCGCCGCCAAGAACCACCGGUGACCGAUCGAUGCACGCCUCCCAUUUAAUUUUGGGCUUCUUUUUUUGCUUUUUUGAUUAGUUUGGUUUUUGAGUCAGUGUUGGAGGAGGAGGUGGAGAACAGCUGGAGCAAGGAGGGUUUUGGUUGUUUUUUUUUGAAAAAAAUUUCUUUUGAUUUCUAGGAGCUGGCACGCGGUUAGUUGACUUGUAAACCAUAGGUUGGCAAGAACGUGGUGAUUUUUGAGUCCGGAUGAAUUGUAUAUUGAUUUGAUAGUGUGGAAAGAAUAAUUAAAGGAAAGAAGGCAUGAGAAGGAUACAAGAGAGAGUUGAAGUUUCCUGGAUGCAGAUCCUCUGCAGCUGAAGUUACAAGUAUAUCCCAGAAAUGAGGUGACUCGCAGAAUUUAAUAAAUAAAGUAAAAAUAGAAAUGAAAA